AUGGCUCCGCAUGCCACUCUCUUUGUCAGCUCCAAGCAGAGGCUGAAGGCUGCAUCUCAUGUACAGUAUACCGAGAUGGAGUACAGACAUGACUAUGCCCAUGAAGAUGAGCUGACGCAUUAUGAGGCUCUCAGUCGGGGUCUCGUAUGUCAGUGUGCUUGUGCCCUCACAGAGCCCCAGCUCACGUUCAUCAGAUGGCGGUACAAGCGUGUGCUCACUGUAUUCUUGCGCUGGGCUGGAGUGCAGUGCGGUGAUAAUGGCUAUGAGCCACGUCUUGCUUCAAAGGUUUGUGUCGGUGACGGUGUACACAUACACCGUGACAUGUUGUACUACAUACCCGAUGCUGUUAGGCAGGACGCGCUCAGUGCGCACGGAUUCUCCACAACUUGA